GAACACUUCGUUUUGUGACCACCGAAAAGACAAGAACGUGCCUUCCUACAAUUCAGAAGUGGGAUAACUGAGAAUAAAUUUUUCUCAGACGCUCAACCUACAAAGUGAAUAAAACAUUAAAAAUAAACAGUGGUGUUACAAACAACAACGGAAAAUGGAAACCAUCGGUGCAGACGACUACACGGUGGCGGAACUACGCAAUUGGCUGGGAAGGCUCAACAUGCCGAAAAGUGGAAACAAGGCAACGCUUGCGGCGAGGCUCAAUGGAGUGCCCCCCGAAGCGCGAGGAGUUUGCCCGGCGAUGGAGGAAAACGACGCUGGUAGUAGCGGUUUGGAGCACGAGGACGCCGGAUCGGCGGCGCCAGACAGCGGCGUUGAAACCGUGAGCAACAUGAUCGAACACGAGGCUGGAGCGGCGGCGCCAGGCAACGGCGUUAUAACCGUGAGCGACAUGAUCGAACACGAGGCUGGAGCGGCUUCCCCAGUGGCUGAGGGAAGCGUGCAUGUUCGCGAUGACGCCGGGCCUUCGAAGUUCAACAGCCGGGGCAGUCGGGAGCCGGCAAACGAGGUUUCGACGCAAUUGGAUGCCCUAAAGCGUCAACUCGAGUUAGUCCAAUUGGAAAACGAGAUUCUGAGAAUGGAAUUUGCUCAGCGUCAUAACAGUGCUGCCACACCGAACCAGAACAGUGCUGCCACACCGAACCAGAACUGUGCUGCCACACCGAAUCAGAACGGUGCUGCCACACCGAAUCAGAACGGUGCUGCCACACCGAAUCAGAACAAUGUAUCCACACCAGAUCGAAACGUCGCUGGCGGAGACGCCAGAUCGGAGGGGACACCAGUAAACAACAAUUCUUUGCUGGCCAUGGCCAGAGAAAUGCUCCCAACAUACGACGGCGCCGCUAACAACAAACUGCCUGUCAGCACCUGGAUCGCACAACUUAAUGCUAUCACGAAAAUGUACAAGCUGAGCGAUGACGUGAUCCGCAUGUUAGUAAUGUCGAAACUAAAGGACCGCGCUCAAGUUUGGUUGCACUCGUCUGAAAGUUUGCUGACCUUGCCGAUUCAUGAACUACUACGACAGAUUGAUGAGGCUUUCAAUAGCAAGGAGAGCAAGAUAAUGUCUCGACGCAAAUUUCAAGGGCGCAAGUGGAAUCCGUCUGAAGAUUUUUCCACAUACUUCAAGGAAAAAACCCUUCUAGCCACACACAUCCAAAUGGACGACGAAGAGCUAAUCGACAGCAUCAUAGAGGGGAUUCCCGACACUCUUCUGCGACAGCAAGCACACAUGCAUUGCUUUAACUCGUCUGCACAGCUGUUGCAGGCGUUUGCGAAGGUUGCUUUACGUAAGCCACCACUGUUUUCGUCAGGACGAGCUAAAGUUUCGGCCGGGGAUGGACCUACUUCGGCCCCUCCAAAAAGGUGCUUCAACUGCAACUCCAUUGGACACUUCGCUGCUGACUGCCGCAAACCCAAGCGUGAGCACGGAGCCUGCUACGCAUGUGGCAGUAUGGAUCACCAGGUGCACCACUGCACUGAGAAGAAGUUCGUGCCCAGCAAUGAAUAUAAUGCCUAAUCGAUUCUGGGAGUCCAAUUAGUUUCAUCAAGAUGUCAUACGUGGAAAACAUACUAGAAAAGCAAAAUAUCAAGUCAAAUGAAAAGAUUCUCACAAAUUACGUUGGCUUAAACGGUAGCCCCUUAGAUAUAAUCGGAAAAAUAUCAUGUUUUGUUAUUAUCAAUAAAGAAAUGCUUAAUUUUGAGUUACUAA